AUGGCAGCACAGCUGAUUCAGGAUGAUUUAACAUUGACCAGGAGAGUUAAUGAAAGCGUCUCCUUCAGCUGUCGAUAUGACCAGUGUGACUAUAAUGAAUAUGUUUACUGGAUCCAGAAGAAAGACACAGAAACAUUCAGAGACCUCCUGGGUAUUGACAAGACCACUUGUACCAUUGCUGAGAGGUUCGAUCAUCCUCAGAAAGAUGAUUUCUCAGUUGUGAAUAAUCAGAACGGCUGUGAGUUGAAGAUCCAGAAAGUUAAACUCCUUCAUUCAGCCACCUACUACUGUGAGUGUUGGAAGAAAGAUCCCCACAUUUGGACUCGUUCACCUCAGCCGACACGUUCAACAGCACACAGGUUUUUGUAUUACUCUGUCUCACUGUGGGAGGACACGAGGUAUGCAUAUGACAUCUUUGGCUCUGGAACUAAACUGGUUGUAACAGAUGAGCAGGUAGUGAAGCCCGUGGUGAGCGUGUACCCAGCAGCAUCCAGAGCCCACCUGGAGGGGAGGAGCUCCCUGCUGUGUGUGGCCUCAGCCAUGUUUCCUCCUCUGGUCCGCUUCUCCUGGAAAAGACAAAAGGAGGAUCAGGAGCAGUGGCUCCCUGCUGAGGGAGAGCAGCUGGAGCUCAGAGAGACGGGACGCACCGCCGCCAUCUUGCUGGUUGACGGGAACGCCACCUCCACGUAUAAAUACCGCUGCUCCGUCCAGCACGAGGGGGGCACAGUGGAGGCCCCAACAGAACAAGAGGUUCCAGCAGCUCCAGCAGCCUCCUGUCCUCCAGAGAGAGAGCCAGCAGACCUGCCAGCUCUGCAGCAAGCUGACUCUGCAGGUCAGACAACAAACAGCAGCAACACCACAACAUCCAGCGAAUCGCAGCCUGAAGCAGUGUCCUUCCAGUCUCAGUGCAGGGUGAAGCUGCUCUGUGUGCUCUACACAGUGCUGAUAGUGAAGAGUCUGGUGUACUGCUGUGGACUCUCUCUGCUGAGGAUCCUCUGAAACAAGGGACCGUCCACCAGCUGCUCACAUGCUGACUGACUGUUUUCUGCUCGCCUUUUCUCACCAUCAGAUCUCAUCAGUUCGUCUCAUUGAUCACUUUGAUCAGCAGUCACAAAUGUCAAUGUUCAUGUUUUGUGGUUGGUUGUAAAAUGAAUCUUUUGAUGAACAGGUUAGAUUCAGUCAUCCUACAUAUAUAAAUACAUAUAUACACAUAUAUAUCUGCAGUGACUGAGUAUAAAUUCUGUGGUAUAGUGUUAUUUUCAUCCUCUAGUUUAUUUCCACUUUGAAUUGUGACUUGUAUAAUAAUAGAACAUGAAGCUGAAUCAUUAGCUGUCUGCUAGAUAUUUGAUAGUUUUAGUAUUUUUCUCUUCUUGUCUUUCUUUUUAAUACAUAAUGCAGAGUGUGGCAGCUUUGUUCAAUUCUUUCACUGUAACAUUCUCAAUAAAGUGAAAAA